UAACCCGCAAAACCACCCGUCCACGCACGGUGCGCCAGGGGGCCCAAAUAAAAAACAAAACAGAGAAAACUCGCCGCCUCCUUGUUCUCUCCCCUCUCUCUCUCUCCCCCUCCGCCUCCGCCUAUCGAACUCGUCGAGUGCCGCGACCGACGCACGCGCGCGCGGCGGCGAGAUGAAGGUCUCCGUGAAGACGCUCAAGGGCUCCAAAUUCGAGAUCGAAGUGAACCCCGCGGACAAGGUUUCUGAUGUAAAGAAGCUCAUUGAGAGUUCACAAGGGCAGAAUGUGUACCCAGCUGAUCAACAAAUGCUCAUUUACCAAGGGUCAGUUCUUAAGGAUGAGACUACGUUGGAGGAAAACAAAGUUGUUGAAAACAACUUUCUUGUGAUAAUGCUUAGACAGAAUAAAGGCUCAUCAAGUGCAGCUCCAGCUAAAUCCAAGGAACCCUCAAAUCAGGCACCCCCUACUCAGACAGUGCCUGCUACUCCUGCCUCUCAAGCACCAGCCACACCAGCACCUCAAGCAGUGGCUGCGCCAGCACCUAUUGUACCUGUUAGUGCUCCUGGUCCAGCUGCCACCGCCUCCCCAGCUCCUGCUGUUGCUGUCUCCACUGAAGCAGAAACUUAUGGUCAGGCUGCUUCAAACCUUGUCGCGGGAGGCACCCUAGAGGCAACAAUUCAGUCAAUUCUUGAAAUGGGCGGUGGAACAUGGGACAGAGACACUGUGCUGCGUGCCCUACGUGCUGCAUUCAACAACCCGGAGCGGGCUGUUGAGUAUUUAUAUUCUGGUAUUCCUGAGCCGAUGGAGAUUCCUGCACCACCACCAAGUGCCCAGCCAGCUGAUCCUGCCCAGGUUUCACAAGCAGCUCAACCUGCAGUUGCCUCUUCUGGUCCUAAUGCUAGCCCCUUGGACCUCUUCCCUCAAGCCCUGCCAAAUGCUUCAGCAAAUGCUGCUGGUGAAGGAAAUCUGGAUGUUCUACGAAACAAUGCACAGUUCCGAAGCUUACUUUCUUUAGUGCAGGCCAACCCUCAAAUCUUACAGCCAUUGCUUCAAGAGCUGGGAAAGCAAAACCCUCAGAUUUUGCAGCUGAUUCAGGACAACCAAGCAGAGUUCCUUCGUUUAAUCAAUGAGCCAGCUGAGGGUGAUGAAGACGAGAAUCUCCUGGAGCAGUUUGCUGAGGGAGUGCCCCAGACCAUAGCUGUCACUCCUGAGGAGAAUGAAGCUAUACUUCGUCUUGAAGGAAUGGGCUUUGACCGGGCGCUUGUUCUGGAGGUGUUCUUUGCCUGCAACAAGGAUGAGACCCUGGCCGCAAACUACCUGUUAGACCACAUGAACGAGUUCGACGAUGGAGCGCCGCAGUAAGACAAGCAGGUUGUUUCUGAAUACAUGCACAAGCCCAUGGGAACAGGGUGUGGGGAGACUGAUACUCCUGCACUCGCAGGGCAGGCCUUAGAGAUCUUUUUGAGAUUUUGUCUCGUCCUUUAGUUUGUAAUUCUUUUCUGCCUUGCUAUUAGUACAUACUCUAGAUUGUCUUUAAAUGUUAAUUCACAGACUUAACGACAGCGUAUAAAAAGUUACCUGCAGCGUGGAACCCACCGGGUGGCCUAUGUGUGGGAUUGAGCC